AUGAAUUUGACCCAAGAAAAGGAUUGGAAGAAAAAAGUCGGUUUCCCUAUUAAUUAUGAUUCCGGCCAGAGUUCCGAUGAUGAUUUCGAAUCUCGCGGCGUGGUGGUGCGGCGCCCGCAGCCCUCCGCGGGCUCCCUGCUGGCGGACAGCGGCGACGGCGCGGAGGCCGACCUGCUCGGCACCACGCCGCCGCGCGCCCGCAUCCGCGACAAGGAGAAGAGGAGGCCCAUUUACAGAAGUAAUACGGACGUGGAAGCGUGCUUGCAGCGCAUGGCUGUCGACGACGCGAUGAGGCAGUCGGAAGAGUCGAGCUCGCAGCCUCCGCGAGUUCCAGAACGUUUGAAGAAGCGCGCAAGUCUGAAACUGCUGCGAGCGCAGGAGAGAGACUGGAAGCAAGAGCAGAGACAGCGCGAGAGCAAGGCCGACUCCUUGCCUUCGCCCAGUCCUGCCGUGCCCACGUUGGUGGAGUCAUGCAGCCGGUUCAUGUCGCUGAGUUCACGACUUAAGUGCCGCGGGGAGGAUGGUACAGGUGGUGCGGGGGACGACGCGGCGGGCAACGUGGGGGGCGUCGCGGAGGACUGCGCGGGGGGCGCAGGGUGGCGGCGAGGAGGUGGGGCGCCGGCUCCGCCCAGCCGCGUCAGCUUCCACAGCACCUUCAGCAUGCUCAUCAACAUGGGCAGCACGGACAAGGCUUGCCGCCGCACCAUCAGCCGUGAGGAGCAGGUGUGGCAGAACGAGCUAAAGGACCUAAUCUGGUUGGGGCUGGCGGCGCGCGUGGCCGGCCGCAGCCUCCCGCAGCAGGACGACUACUUGUGCGCGCAGCGUGCCGCCGUGCCCGCCGUCGUGCGUACCAUACUGCACUACAGAUUUGUAAAUCCGUACAAGUGCCCAUCUACUGAUGAAUCGGAACAAGACGAUGUAGAAAAUGAGUCGCAGACGUGCCUGUCGCCAGGGUGUUCGAUAUGUCCCGAAAGUGUUGGCGUUGCCAUGCGGGAAAUUUCGUCACUGCUGGACGCGUUCUAUGCUGUCAUCGCUCUGUAUCCGUCCAGCUCUGCUGCGGAGGCUGAUCAGCCGUGCCUCGCGCAACCGCGCCUUAAGAAUAGGAUCCGAGCAAUGUGCCUGUGGUACAACACGGCGCUGCACAUGCGGCUGAAGAUGGUCUCGCUGCGCCGCAUGCUGCGCAGCUCGCGCGCCUCCGCAGCGCACCGCACAGCGUCGCAGCGCACGGGCAGUAAAUCGUCUGAGAAUCACCGGGCGAGCCAAGUGCGCUUUGAUCUCAGCAGCACGCCUACAGACUCCACCAGCAGCGAUGCAAGUGCGUACUCAGAUACGUCCAAGCCUGUGGACAUCAGGUCUGCAGACACCAGGCCUGCGGAAAAAAACCCUGGUCCCGCUAAUGGCCUGUCUCUGGAGGAAAAGCAAGACCCAGCCGACGUCGUGGACGGAAAGGAGGCAGCGAAAGAUGGCAUCGAUGAACAAACCAAGUGUGAAGGGCACAAGAAUUGCCAAGAACGAGAGGAUGUAGUGGACAGCGGAAUCGAUAGUAGGUCUGAGUGCAUGGGCGACUGCACUCCCGAGAUCAUUGUAUCGGAGGACGGAAGCUUGCAUGUGCGUGAAGCUGGUGAGGCUAGUGAGACUGGUGGGGCUGGUGGAGAUGAUGAUCCUUUGCGGCUGGGCGCGCUGCACGAGCUGGCGCAGUUGCGUCUGCUGGGCAACACGGACGUGCCGCUCUACAGGGACUACCACUAUGAAAUGCUGAAGACGCAAGGGGUGCGACGCUGCAUGACCUUCAUCCAAAAGAUCUGUUACAACAUGUUGCGCAAGGUGUACCUCACGCUGCUCGACCCCGAGGAGGCUGAAACGGAUCCUUCAAACGAAGAUGUCUCAAUGAAAUCUUUACUGAACCCGAACAGUGAGAAGACUGAAAAUAAACCGGACCAAAUCGACGAGAACUCUUACGAACUCCGCAGGUACGGAUGCCGGUGCCGCGAGAGCGUGGACAUGCGGCUGCCGUCGUACCGCAGCCACUUCGUGCUGCUCAGCAGCAUGUGCAUGGAGGCCGUGCACGACUACCUGGCGCUGCGCCUGGAGGCACGCCCCGCGCACCCCUCCUGCCUCACCGUCAAGCAGCUAAUUCACGAGCUGAAAGAAGGUCUGGACAUCGCGACGGAGAUCAGAUGCGCGUUCGUUCGGUACGCGGCGGCAGCGCUGCGCGGCGAGCCGCGCGCCGAGCGAGUGCGCGACGGCCUGUUGCAGCUGCUGCGUACCUUCGACCAGACCGUGGCCGCCGCGCUGCAGGUGCGCCCUUGUCUCACAUACAACUCAGCUCACACACGUCCGUGCGGCAUGCGGCGCUGCGCCGGCCUGCUGCAGCUGCUGCGUACCUUCGACCAGACCGUGGCCGCCGCGCUGCAGGUGCGCCCUUGUCUCACAUACAACUCAGCUCACACACGUCCGUGCGGCAUGCGGCGCUGCGCCGGCCUGCUGCAGCUGCUGCGUACCUUCGACCAGACCGUGGCCGCCGCGCUGCAGGUGCGCCCUUGUCUCACAUACAACUCAGCUCACACACGUCCGUGCGGCAUGCGGCGCUGCGCCGGCCUGCUGCAGCUGCUGCGUACCUUCGACCAGACCGUGGCCGCCGCGCUGCAGGUGCGCCCUUGUCUCACAUACAACUCAGCUCACACACGUCCGUGCGGCAUGCGGCGUGCGCCGGCCUGCUGCAGCUGCUGCGUACCUUCGACCAGACCGUGGCCGCCGCGCUGCAGGUGCGCCCUUGUCUCACAUACAACUCAGCUCACACACGUCCGUGCGGCAUGCGGCGUGCGCCGGCCUGCUGCAGCUGCUGCGUACCUUCGACCAGACCGUGGCCGCCGCGCUGCAGGUGCGCCCUUGUCUCACAUACAACUCAGCUCACACACGUCCGUGCGGCAUGCGGCGCUGCGCCGGCCUGCUGCAGCUGCUGCGUACCUUCGACCAGACCGUGGCCGCCGCGCUGCAGGUGCGCCCUUGUCUCACAUACAACUCAGCUCACACACGUCCGUGCGGCAUGCGGCGUGCGCCGGCCUGCUGCAGCUGCUGCGUACCUUCGACCAGACCGUGGCCGCCGCGCUGCAGGUGCGCCCUUGUCUCACAUACAACUCAGCUCACACACGUCCGUGCGGCAUGCGGCGGUGCGCCGGCCUGCUGCAGCUGCUGCGUACCUUCGACCAGACCGUGGCCGCCGCGCUGCAGGUGCGCCCUUGUCUCACAUACAACUCAGCUCACACACGUCCGUGCGGCCUGCGGCGCUGCGCCGGCCUGCUGCAGCUGCUGCGUACCUUCGACCAGACCGUGGCCGCCGCGCUGCAGCUGCUGCGUACCUUCGACCAGACCGUGGCCGCCGCGCUGCAGGUGCGCCCUUGUCUCACAUACAACUCAGCUCACACACGUCCGUGCGGCAUGCGGCGCUGCGCCGGCCUGCUGCAGCUGCUGCGUACCUUCGACCAGACCGUGGCCGCCGCGCUGCAGGUGCGCCCUUGUCUCACAUACAACUCAGCUCACACACGUCCGUGCGGCAUGCGGCGUGCGCCGGCCUGCUGCAGCUGCUGCGUACCUUCGACCAGACCGUGGCCGCCGCGCUGCAGGUGCGCCCUUGUCUCACAUACAACUCAGCUCACACACGUCCGUGCGGCAUGCGGCGUGCGCCGGCCUGCUGCAGCUGCUGCGUACCUUCGACCAGACCGUGGCCGCCGCGCUGCAGGUGCGCCCUUGUCUCACAUACAACUCAGCUCACACACGUCCGUGCGGCAUGCGGCGCUGCGCCGGCCUGCUGCAGCUGCUGCGUACCUUCGACCAGACCGUGGCCGCCGCGCUGCAGGUGCGCCCUUGUCUCACAUACAACUCAGCUCACACACGUCCGUGCGGCAUGCGGCGUGCGCCGGCCUGCUGCAGCUGCUGCGUACCUUCGACCAGACCGUGGCCGCCGCGCUGCAGGUGCGCCCUUGUCUCACAUACAACUCAGCUCACACACGUCCGUGCGGCAUGCGGCGCUGCGCCGGCCUGCUGCAGCUGCUGCGUACCUUCGACCAGACCGUGGCCGCCGCGCUGCAGGUGCGCUCUUGUCUCACAUACAACUCAGCUCACACACGUCCGUGCGGCAUGCGGCGUGCGCCGGCCUGCUGCAGCUGCUGCGUACCUUCGACCAGACCGUGGCCGCCGCGCUGCAGGUGCGCCCUUGUCUCACAUACAACUCAGCUCACACACGUCCGUGCGGCAUGCGGCGUGCGCCGGCCUGCUGCAGCUGCUGCGUACCUUCGACCAGACCGUGGCCGCCGCGCUGCGGGUGCGCCCUUGUCUCACAUACAACUCAGCUCACACACGUCCGUGCGGCAUGCGGCGUGCGCCGGCCUGCUGCAGCUGCUGCGUACCUUCGACCAGACCGUGGCCGCCGCGCUGCAGGUGCGCCCUUGUCUCACAUACAACUCAGCUCACACACGUCCGUGCGGCAUGCGGCGUGCGCCGGCCUGCUGCAGCUGCUGCGUACCUUCGACCAGACCGUGGCCGCCGCGCUGCAGGUGCGCCCUUGUCUCACAUACAACUCAGCUCACACACGUCCGUGCGGCAUGCGGCGUGCGCCGGCCUGCUGCAGCUGCUGCGUACCUUCGACCAGACCGUGGCCGCCGCGCUGCAGGUGCGCCCUUGUCUCACAUACAACUCAGCUCACACACGUCCGUGCGGCUGCGGCGAGUGCGCGACGGCCUGCUGCAGCUGCUGCGUACCUUCGACCAGACCGUGGCCGCCGCGCUGCAGCAAUAUCUGUCGUACCUGAGCACCAUGUCAGAGACGGAGUCGCUGCCGCGCACCGCGCUCGCUGCCGAGUGGGCCUUCACCGCGCGCCUCGCUGCCCGCGCGCCCCGGGUUGCCGCGCACGCUCCUGCCGCCUUCGUCGACAUCGCGUGCAAACAAUUACAGCGGCUGGUGCAGCGUUUUGAUGAAAAGUUCGCCAGCCUCAUGGAAAUCGAAGUUCCUAACGAAAAAGAAGAAUCGAGAUACGUGGUAUACGCGCUGUGCCGUGGCGCGCAGCAGGUGUACGCGUGCGAGCGCGAGGCUGCGCUGCAGGCGGCGCAGGCCGCGCGCGCCCUCGCCGCACGCCUGCACCCGCGCCGUGCACGACUGCGCAAGCUACUCUGUGAGAACCUGAUGCGCUUGUGCGAGUGCGUGGUGCGGCACACGGAGCACAUCUUUGAGCGCAGCCGACUGCCGGACGAGCCGCGGGGCGAGGCACGGGGCGAGCGCUGCGAGCGGAGCGAGGGGGCGCGCGAGCUCGCCGACAGCAUGGCGGCGCGCGUGCGCGAGCUGCUGCUGCAGGCCUACAAGCUCGGCUUCGAGAUGCACAAGGAGUUACACCGGUUCGUGAAGGAGUCGGAGCGCGGCAGCGCCGCACGGUUCGACAACAGCCGCUCCAAGUUCUUGCGUUCGGAAAGUAUCAACGAGGACGGUGUAUUCGAUUGCAGGAUGUUUGAAACUGCUGCUCUAGACGCUUCUAAACACAAUGAGCUGGAGCAGUUGUUGGCGGAGGAGCGGGAGCGUUGCGAGCAGGACGCGGGGGAAUGCGGAGGAGGUGGGGGAGGGUGGGCAGGGAGAGGAGUGCGUGUGUGA